CUCCCAUCGUUCGCCAUAAAACCACACCCCACCCCACCCCUCCCACGCGCGCGACCACAAACGCAACCAAUACCCCUCACCCCCCACCUGUUCCACCACGGGAAAAAUACCCGAAAGAAAGGCUCCCAAGCAAGAAAAGGCAGACGAGGAGGGUCGGCCUAAUCCGAUCUGCGGUCUCGUCAAACCGCCGAUUUCUAUUGUGUCAAUAUUAUCACGGCUCUUGACUUUGAAGCGUGCAGAACCUACGCCUGCUGCCUAUUCGUCACAGUUGAUUUCAAGAUGACAAGUAAGAAAAGUAACAGACCUACAGUCACAUCAUGCACUGCUCUGCAUAUGGAAUGGGACAGGAUUUCUUGCCCUAUUUGUAUGGAGCAACCACACAAUGCUGUUUUACUUAUAUGCAGUUCGUACAAGAAUGGCUGCAGAAGUUAUAUUUGUAACACAAGCCAUCGACACUCUAAUUGCCUAGACCGGUUCAGAGAAAUGAAUGGAGAUAGUAAGGUCCGUGAUUCACACUCAACCUCUUCGGUGCUUUCAAACUCCAAUAACAGAACAGUCCAACCAAGAUCUCACUAUAGUACGAUUUCCAGACAUUUGUUGAGCCCAAGCCUCAGAAGACACAUUGACAAUGCUAAUAACCAAGAAUCUGCUAAUUCAACACCAUUCUUAGGAGAAAGUAGCAUUAUAAUGCAAGAAUGUCAUGAUGCUGUGCAAAUUUCAGUUGACAUGAAGUGUCCUCUCUGUAGAGGAUCAGUAUCAGGCUGGAUUCCUGCUGGAGAAGUCAGAAAGUAUCUGGACGAGAAGUUGAGGUGUUGCUCUCAUGAUUGCUGCAAAUUUGUUGGUAGCUAUGAGCAGCUGCGUGAGCAUGCUAGAACAGCUCACUUGCUUGCAAAGCCUGCCCUUGUAGAUAUCUCAAGGAAAAGGUCUUGGGAUCGCCUUGAACGUGAGCAGGAGUUUGGUGAUGUGAUUAGUGCAAUCAGGUCACAGAAUCCUGGUGCAGUAAUAGUUGGUGACUAUGUUAUUGAGACUAGAGAUGCAAUGUCUCCUGAUGAAGAUUCUGGGGAAGAAAGUGGUGAUGAGUGGUGGUCUCCUGCCCAAGACCAAGUAGAAUCACCGGACAACCGACAUCGUGCCCCUAGGCCCUGGCUGAAUGGAAGACUUGGAUCACCUACCAUUUGGCCAGAUGGAAGGCAUGCCUUCCCUAGGUUUCUGCCGCAGCCCAGGCCAUUCAGUGAUAGGCGCAGCUCACGUGCAGAUUGGCAGGGCAUCCGACGGUCAAGCGCACAAAGCUGGCUGCGCCAAGGUUUCUCGAAUCGGCACUCUAGGCACACCAGCAGUUACCGCGGAUAUCGCCAUGGCAUCUUUGAUCGACGUUACGCUGGAAACAAUCGUGCAAGUAUUGAUAGGAGGCAGGAUGGCCCAACAUUUCCGCCGGGAAGACGGCAGCGUUUGAGAUACACGCAAAGAAGCCAGCAUGAUCCAUGAUCGGCAGAAGCAACACUACCUGUGCAGUAUUUAGUUAUUACAAACAGCCAAGCCAUCCUUGUAAAAUAGUUAGUGGUGGUUAAGAAUAAAUAUCUUGGCCUAUUUACUAUUUGUGUAAUAUCUCUGUUAGAAACGUUGUAGUGCAGAUGCAGAACUUCCCUUCUAAAUGUCUAUUCAAUGCCUUGUUCUUGGUAGUCUUGUCUUUUCUUUCUGUGUGAGGUGGUUCUGUGAUUAAGUUGAAAUGAGAUAUAACAGCAUUUUCCUCCA